UGGAGGGAGGGGAGGGUGAGGAGUGGGGCUAGAGAUAGGGAGAUUAACGGGGUGGGCAAGGGGGUAAAAGAAGAGGCGUCAGUCUCUCCCAGCAACCCGAUCAGAGGUCUUUCCCCAGGGUUUCACCCGAGCUCGCUCUAGGUACCCCCCGAGAAAGGGAGGGGAGAGAAAUGAGGGGGGCACAGAUAUCCCCGCUUUCUCCGAAACUCGCGUGAGGCUAGCGGGGCAGGGGCUGCAGCUUGCCAGUCCGGGCCGACCCGACUCGGCCGCUAGAAGUCUCUGCGCUUGGAUUGCUCAGUACCUGCGGCUACGGGUUGAUCGCUCUGGGUGCAGGAUUUCUAGACUGCUGUAGGCCAGGGAGAAUGGGGCACAGGAAGCACCCUCAGGCCUGGCACCCAGUGGCCGCCUCGGUUCCGAGAUCGGGAGCCCGCGCUGGAGCCGGGUUGGAAACCCCGUGCCCUUCUCUUGGCCGAAAGAGCAAAAGCCCGAGCCGCUCGGUUUCCUGGGGGGGCUGCCGGGGUCUGAGGGGUCAAAGGGACGCGAGUCGGGUUUGGGUCGGCUACACAGGGCGCCCCGAGAGUUAUUAACUUGCCAGCGAGGCCUAUGCCGUGCCACCUGGGCGAGACGGUGGGCCCCAAUCAGGCUCUGCGCGGCGCGGCAGGCAGGCGAGCCCAAGAAGCCGGCAUUCUCUGCCUGCUGCCUGGAGCCGCUCUCGGCUGCCUCCCUGUCUCUGAGCGCAGCAGACCCCGGGCCCCUGCCUCAUCCGCCUUCCUUGCUCCACUUCAGAUACUAAGGAGGUGAAAGAGAGAUACGGUCCCCCUACAGAUAAAUAACAUUAGAAAAACUUCCCAUCAAAAACAAACAACACAGGAAAGAGGUAGAAAAAUUCCGAUUACAAUUUAAUACGUUUUAAAGAAGAGGCAGAGAGCAAAGGGGAGUGUGUGUGUCAGGCACUUAUCCCCUGUCUGUGCUAGGAGCUCGGAUAAACAGUCAGCCGAGCCUCGACGCCCCCAAAUCGUCCCCUCCAAGCCCCGCACGCGCGGACAGCUCCCGGAUUGCCUGCGGGGCAGGCGGGAUGCUGCUUCGCACUAGUCCAGUCCUCUGCCAGGCCCUUCCUCUCCUCGCUUUCUUACGCCCUUUCCGCUGGCAUGAAUUCCCCUUUGGCAUUUUCUCCCCUCUCCCCUCUUUUCUGUCAUCUGGUUUCUCUCCAGUCCCCCCUUUGCUUUCUACCUUGCGUCGCACGGCCUGAGUCGCCCUCUCGCCCAGCCCCCAGUCUUCAGCCCAGCGUCCGUGCUUCCAGUCCCCACUCCUCCGCGUGGUCGUGGAGGUCCACCACCUUUCUUCUCAAGCUCGGGAACAUGCCCUUCCGCCCUGCCUGCUUCCUUCGCCCGUCCCGGGCCGCGGACCCUGACUAAUGGCCGGUCCCUGCUGUGUGUGGGGUGUUGUGUUUUUUUCUUGUCUCUCCCCAGCAGGGCACGGGGGUGUGAACCAGCUCGGGGGGGUGUUUGUGAACGGCCGGCCCCUACCCGACGUGGUGAGGCAGCGCAUCGUGGAGCUGGCCCACCAGGGUGUGCGGCCCUGUGACAUCUCCCGGCAGCUGCGGGUCAGCCACGGCUGUGUCAGCAAAAUCCUGGGCAGGUACUACGAGACCGGCAGCAUCAAGCCGGGUGUGAUCGGUGGCUCCAAGCCCAAAGUGGCGACGCCCAAAGUGGUGGACAAGAUUGCUGAAUACAAACGACAGAACCCGACUAUGUUCGCCUGGGAGAUUCGAGACCGGCUCCUGGCCGAGGGCAUCUGUGACAAUGACACAGUGCCCAGCGUCUCUUCCAUCAACAGAAUCAUCCGGACCAAAGUUCAGCAGCCUUUCCACCCAACGCCAGAUGGGGCUGGGACAGGAGUGACCGCCCCUGGCCACACCAUUGUUCCCAGCACGGCCUCCCCUCCUGUUUCCAGCGCCUCCAAUGACCCAGUGGGAUCCUACUCCAUCAAUGGGAUCCUGGGGAUUCCUCGCUCCAAUGGUGAGAAGAGGAAACGUGAUGAAGUUGAGGUAUACACUGAUCCUGCCCACAUUAGAGGAGGUGGAGGUUUGCAUCUGGUCUGGACUUUAAGAGAUGUGUCCGAGGGCUCAGUCCCCAAUGGAGAUUCCCAGAGUGGUGUGGACAGUUUGCGGAAGCACUUGCGAGCUGACACCUUCACCCAGCAGCAGCUGGAAGCUUUGGAUCGGGUCUUUGAGCGUCCUUCCUACCCUGACGUCUUCCAGGCAUCAGAGCACAUCAAAUCAGAACAGGGGAACGAGUACUCCCUCCCAGCCCUGACCCCUGGGCUUGAUGAAGUCAAGUCGAGUCUAUCUGCAUCCACCAACCCUGAGCUGGGCAGCAACGUGUCAGGCACACAGACAUACCCCGUUGUGACUGGUCGUGACAUGGCGAGCACCACUCUGCCUGGUUACCCCCCUCACGUGCCCCCCACUGGCCAGGGAAGCUACCCCACCUCCACCCUGGCAGGAAUGGUGCCUGGGAGCGAGUUCUCCGGCAACCCGUACAGCCACCCCCAGUACACGGCCUACAACGAGGCUUGGAGAUUCAGCAACCCCGCCUUACUAAUGCCGCCCCCCGGGGCUCCGCCCCUGCCGCUGCUGCCGCUGCCUAUGACCGCCACUAGUUACCGCGGGGACCACAUCAAGCUUCAGGCCGACAGCUUCGGCCUCCACAUCGUCCCCGUCUGACCCCACCCCGGAGGGAGG